CUGACCAGUCGUGUUGAACUGGAAUAAAACAAAUGUCCCUAAACGACGACCUUGCUCAACCCUGUUCUUGGGGCUAUAUGGUAAAGAGAUAGCCACUGAAAUCUGAUUUGAUGGAUGUCACGACAGAAUAGUUAAUCCUAACAAUUCAUUAAUAUAGCUACCUUCCACAAAACACGAAGACAAAACUGCACCUCUCAAAUUAUUGAAAUCGAGACACCAUGUCAGCAGAUAUUACUCCUCCCGCGGAGGCACGGCCACCCCGCCUUACCUUCGGCGUUGAAAUGGAAUUUGUAGUUCCUUGGCUGCCCGAGGGCGGCGACGACGUCCUCGAACAUAUCAAAGGUCUACCUCCCGUCCUUAGGAUAAAGAAGGCACCAAAGGAUGGAGACAUUGCAUCCGUGAUUUAUGAGAUGGUCAAGGUUCUCUUCGAGAAACACAAUCUUCCUGUCAAUGUCAAAACGUAUACAUAUAAGACUAGAUUUGUCAAGACAAUACUUGGUCAUUAUAACCAUUGGGGAGUUAUGGAAGACGUUACCGUCAAUGAACCCGUCGAAGCCAAAACCUUUGACUGGGUUAAAAAGUUUGAAUGGGUAGGCGUUGAGGUUCAGACUCCUGUCGAGCCUGAUAUCCCUGCUGCUUUCGAGGCUCUUAAUUACGCUCGACAGCUUCUAACCUCGUCGUAUAGGUGUCGUGUCAACCAUUCCUGUGGACUUCACGUUCAUGUUGGAAACGGCGGCGAGUACUUUCCCCUCGACUCCUUGCGACGCAUUGCUUCACUAGUAUUUGCUACGGAGCAUUUACUCACCACCCUAAACCACCCCUGGCGGGUAGUAAAUUGGAACUGUCGAACAUUGCGGGACAGGAGUAACUUGUCGAAUCGGUUAGACGGUCAAGCAAUGAGUCCUGGCCCGAUGCAUGAAACCGGAUCCGCAAGAGAUUGCAUCCGGUAUCUUGCCACAGAGGUCCGACACGGAGAGGAGCCUGUCUCCUGGAGAGAAGCGAAUCGAGGGAAUGAGUAUGUUGAUGCUUUUGAUGAAAAUAGGAAUAAUGCUGGCUUUGAGCCCUUCCAGUCAAAGCCAGAUCCUAAGGCUGGGGAAGAAGCACCAAAAAAGAAAGAAAUAAAGGGGAAGAAGGCAGUAGGAAAAGAAGAAGAAGAAGAAGCAAAUAAGGUAACCAAAGCGUCUGACGAUCCGUUCAGUCGGCCUCUCGAGCCCAGCAAGCCCGUCCGCACACGAAACAUCCCAAGAAUCGUAAGACCACGCUAUACCAAUGAGCAACUCGAAGACAUCACCGAAAAGACAAGAGACUUCGGUUGCUCCGGCCUCAUAAUAGAGGGCCCAAGGUCCCAUCGAGCACCCGACCCAGGCGUAUUCGCAGGCGUCCAGCAAAUCUACCAGAGCGCGAGCAGCUGCGAAAUCGCGCACCUCAUGUAUCCCCGAGGAGGAGCCAUGGUGAACUUCCGGCACUACGGGUGCGAUUCAUUCACGCAUCGCAACUCGGGACGCACGAUCGAGUUCCGGGGAGCCGAGGGCAGCCUCAGCUCCUGGGUAGUGAUCUGGGCCAAGAUCUGCGUGGGCCUGAUCAAGUUCGCCGUUCGAUCGCCGUACUACGAGUUCGCUCGCGUCUUGGAAAACUGCGACGUUUCGACCGAUCGGGAUGGCGCGUAUGACUGCAUCGACUUGCUGGAUGAUCUGGGACUCUAUGCGGAGGCGGAGGCUGCUGAGAAGAGGAUCGCGGCGAAUAAGGCGGAAUGGGGGCUUGAGUACGUUGAGGAGGAGGAGGAGGAGAAGGCAGCUUGAAUAAUUACGUACGCUAUGUACCUGUAAUUAUCUAUUUCUUUCUCUCUUCUCUUCCAUUGAACAAGAUCUUUAGUUAGGGAGAGCAUCUUAUUUGUUGUAGAACAUCCGGCCCAUUGUAUGCUGGAGCUUUCAUUUUAAGAAAUACUAGGUACUCUUUGUCUACCUGUUAUUUCCAACAUCUUAGAAUAAUAGAUUUGGCCUAGUUUAAUAUUCAUAUCUAAGGUAGUAUCAUAAUACUUUUAAGUGACAAGUGCCAGUUUCCAAAUUCUGCACAUUGUCUUUGUUAUCUUCGUAAGCUACCUAUGUUAUACCCCCAUAUAUAAGUGGUGAAAAGGGGCAAAUUAUAGCAUAGACCCUAAUCUAGUGCUAUUCUAUGUAUUUGCAAAAUCCGAGAUGCGUUAGUUAGUUGAUACUCCUAGUUAUGCUUAAACAGGCGUAAGCCCUAGCGUAAGUCCUAGCAAUCAUUCUCGCCGGUCCACAUCGUCUACUAUGUAAAUCCUUCUGAGCCCCCUGGAGCUUGUACAAAGCCAAGUGAGACAUUUCUAUACUUUCGAGCGUCUGCGACGAAAAUGCACUAUUUUUUUCUAUAUAGA